AUGACUGACCCAAAUGGCACAAUAAUAUCAUCGAGAAGAGGAAUAGAGAAAAUCAUCUACAAUUACUUUGAUCUCUUCGACAAUCAUGUCCACUUGCUUCCUCACCAUCUGAGAGAAGACAGACAUGUCAUUCCAAAGGUCCUCCCUUCCGAAGUCCGACAUGCCAUCACGUCGGUGAAGAAUCGUACUUCACCCGGUCUCGACAGAAUCAAGCCUGAACAUCUGAAGUAUCUACCGCCACUCCUCAUCAACACACUGGCGAGGCUCUUCACUCGCUAUCUGUGGGAAUGCACUCGUUAUCUGUCGGAAUGCAAUGUUCCUAAGCAAUUGAAACGCAGCAAGACCGUGCUGUUGUAUAAGAAGGGAAACCCGCAAGACAUCGGCAACUUUCGCCCAAUCUGCUUCUUUUCUGUCAUCUACAAGCUCUUCACAAGAGUAAUCCUAAGCAGGAUAGAAAGAAAAUUAGAUGAAGGACAGCCAUGCGAGCAAGCAGAGUUCCGAAAAGAGUUAAGUACCAUUGACCACAUACACACCGUUUCAAAACUAAUAGAAGUAUCGGAAAUGUACAAGAUGUCGCUGUGUCUCACUUUCAUUGACUUGAAGAAAGCCUUCGAUACAGUUGAGACAAAAGCGGUCAUGGAGGCCCUGGACAACCAAGGCGUCCCUGUCCCAUAA